UUUCCGGUCAUCUCCUUCUUCUCCCGGUUUGCUCCCUUUCGUUCAUUCAUCGUUAUCUCUUGCGAUCUCGCCGAUCAUCGAGGGUUUUCGUUUCGUUCCACGGAAAGCUGUGGAUGCAUCAUUGGAUUUCUCAAGGAAAGAGAACUGCGACGAUAUGGCGGAGAUCCACUCUUUGAUCGAUCGAAAAACUCUGAUCGCCCGUCGUUUAUUGUUGCUUUACCUUGUCUGUGAGUAUUUCCGUCGAUUCGUGUAGUUGUUUCCGCGAUUUGGGAUGUGAUGCAAGCCAUUGGGUCCGUGUUUCUGAACGCAGUGUGAUUGAAUCUUCAUACCAAUUCUGAUCCCAAAAUAAACCGAUUGCGAUUGUUUGGCGACAUUUAUUCUGUUCCUUUUGGCUUCGAUUGUUGCAUUUUGUGGAUUUCCCCCUUUUCCCCCAAUUCAUGCUAUGAUCCAUGAUGAAACAUUCUUUGUGUAGUUAUUCUUAAUCCCUAGUUUCGUUGCCGUCAGUUAAUCUGAGAUCGGAUCGAUCGAUUUGGGUGUGAUGCAAGUCAUUCGAAAGCAUUGUGAUUGAAUCUUUUAUACCAAUUCUGAUCCCCAAAAUAAACCGAUUGCGAUUGUUUGGCGACAUUUAUUCAGUGCUUCUUGGCUUCGAUUGUUUCAUUUUGUGGAUUUCCCUCUUUUCCCCCAAUUUCCGUUUUGAUCAAUGAUGUUGUCAGUUAACCUUAGAUCGAUCGAUUUCUUUUUCAGUUUUUGAAAAUUUGUUUGCUUUAUUUUGCUCAAUUUCAGUUUCGGAUCGGAUACGAUCGAGAAUUUUCAGUCAUCUUCCUUAGCAAUUUACCUGCCUCUUUAAACAGAUGAUUUGAAUGCUGUACAAUCAUUUCAACUUCAUGUUUGUUGUGUUUAUUAUGCAUUCUUAAUCAUUUCCAAAUCCAGCGACCUACCUCAGAGGAAAAGCCAAGGGAAAAAUCGACAUGAUGAUGGACAAGAGACAGAGAACAGAUUACAAGAUUCAAAUCGUUGGACAAAAGAUCAUUCAAGCGUGCAUGAUAAUAAUUGAUUCUGGUCAAUUUUGUCUUUAACUGUGACUGCAACAUUGCAUGGAGAGGGGACCUCGUUCUUUUCCUGCGUGGGACAAGCAAUCCCCUGCAUGCUUACAUUCUCCUCCUCCUCCUCCUCCUCUUUUUAUUCUUCACAUUCUCUGCAGUGUUCCAUUUCACCUUUCAUUUUUGCUAUCUACUCCGACUUUCAGCCACCGGCCAUGGCCAUGUCCUCCACCAACCCCACCACCUCCUUCCUCUUCUUCUGCCUCCUCUUCACCCUUCUCAUCUCUGCUCUCUGCCGCUCUACAGGCUUUGCCGGACAAGUUACUGAUCGCUCAAGCUUUUUCCCACCGCGCAAGGACGUCGCAGGGAAUGGCAAGGAGAUGGCAAGGAGUGGAAUAACCAGGGGAGAGUUGAUAGGCUCGAGGGCUCCAAUCUGCACCUACAACGAGUGUAGAGGUUGCCGGUUCAAGUGCAGCGCCGAGCAAGUUCCGGUGGACGCCGGCGACCCCAUGAACAGCGCCUACCGCUACCGGUGCGUCUGCCACAGCUUUGAGCCUAUGUGAAGAACUAGUCUUCCUUAAAGAUUUGAUUUUGUCACUGAAAAGCUUGAAAAGUUCUAAUUUUUAGACACUAGCUGUUGGAGGUGAAUCCAAAAUGAAGAACUCUGAAGAUUUUUAGGUUUUCAUCAAUCCUUUUAUUCUGUACGAUUGAAGUAGUAAAUCUAUCUAGGGAAGGGAGACUUCACUCUUUACUGUGCCACCCAUUUAGGAUUUGAACCAGAGGAAUGACUGCAUGUGAUGCCACCUUGUAAGCAUGUAAUAUUGCCAGAGACAGGCUUUUGUGUAGGCACAAUAACAUGUACCUUUAUUUGCUUAUCUUUCACAUUCAAGAAAAAAGGACAGCCCCGUUGAUGCAUCAAUAUGGGAUUUUCGAUAUUUGAACCCAUCAUCUCUAAAUUAUACAAUAAUAACUUUAUUGUUGCACGAAGACUAGCCUAGAACAUGUAAAAAUGGAGGAAAUGGUUGAA